AUUUACAGACCGCCGCUCCGCUCCGUCUGGAUACAAGCGAACGCACCACGUCGCGAGUCACACGGACUAUCAUGGACCUCCACCGGACCAGUAUAUUGAACCAAAUGGAUUACAGUCGGGAGUCUAAAGAAGGGAAGGCGGCUCAGUCCACGGACGAGCGCCUGGACAGCGGUUUGGACUCGCUAAAAGAGGAGGAGUACCAGGCUGUAGCGGCCGAGAUCCUCCAGCUCCAGCUGGAAUGUGAGCCGCCGCAGCACAAACAGGCUGCCGCUGCGUGCGGAGAGCCGCUCGACUGGCAGACACACAUCACAGAGGAGGGAGACACGCUGCUCCACCUGGCCAUCAUCCACGAGGCCAAGGACUACAUCAAGACCAUGAUCGACCUGUCCAAGAACACAGACUUCCUCAACACACAAAACGACCUGAGACAGACUCCCCUCCACUUAGCUGUAAUAACAAACCAGCCAGAGGUGUGUCACGGUCUCCUGGUGUCUGGCUGCGACCCCACGCUGGUGGACAACAGCGGGGACACCCCCCUUCACAUCGCCUGCCUCCACGGCAACCUGCACUGCUUCAGCGUCAUCACACAGUACAGCCGGCCAGAGCAUCUACACACGGCAAUGGCUGCCUGCAACUACAACGGUCAGAACUGUCUCCACUUGGCUUCGAUUCAUGGUUUCCUCUCACUGGUGGAGAAAAUGGUGGACCUGGGAGCUGACAUUAAUGCAAAGGAGCAGCAUAACGGCCGUGGCGCUCUGCAUCUGGCUGUAGACCAACAGAACCUCUCUCUGGUCAAACUGCUGCUGCAUAAAGGAGCGGACCCCAACCUCCUCACGUCCGGAGGCCACACCCCCUACCACCUCACGUACGGCUACGACAACUGCGACAUCAGGAAAGAGCUGCACGCGCUGACAGACCCCAGCCUGAGGGAGCUGCCCGACAGCGAAUCGGAAGACAGCGAGGAAGAGGAGGACCAGGAGUCUGAUGAGGAGGUCGCUUAUGAUGACAUUCAGUGGAAUGGACAUUAGCAGGAAAUGAGAGAGCGAGGAAGUUACAGAGGGCAGCUGAGGAUGGCGGUGAAGGACAAAUGGCUCGGUUUAUCGCUCGCGCGGUGGCCUGCCAGGAAGGCGACGGAGAGGGCGGCUGCACGGCUGCCGCGGAAACGAGAUGCGCAGGCAGCUGCGAAGAAGAACUGAAUGGAGACCGACGGCCACAGGAGAGCAAACACGCAGUCGCGCGCCCGCACGUCAUCAAGAGAAGAGCGGAAGAGGACCGCUUGUGGACACUGCAAAUCAUCGUCAACAUCAUAAAAGAAAAGAAAAAAACAUCCACCCAUCCAUGCAGAUGUACCUGUAACGGCUCUGAUGUAUGAUAUUGUAAAUGCUGUGUAUACAAAGAUGUAUUUUUUAUGGAAGCUGUGAAUGUGUACAGUUGAGCAGGGUGUAUAUGUCAGACAGCGAACAGUUCCAGCACGCUCCAGUUAAAUUAAAACACUCAUAUUUAACAGUCGA